AUUGGUUUCAGUCCAGGUCUGACACCGGCAGAUUGGUUCGAUAUGGGUUUACCCCCAAGGCGAUGAAUUGAUAUAGUUAUCUCGGAUUCUCACCAUUAUCGUCUUGACCAAAUCCAGGCACGCACGAUACGCUUUCAGAGGUCACUUUCGCCGAAAUGUUUACUGCACUCUUCUUGACCCUUCCGGCUGUUUUCCUGGCUACUUUGGUUGACAAAGCGGCGGCGGCUGACUUCAAUGACUAUGAGCUCGACAACGUUUUCGCCAAACGCCAAAACUACACAUGUAGUACCGCAGGGCUCCAGGACGUCUGCGAGACGAACACAGCGGACUGCAUCUCUGCAAUGUGUGAAUCAUGCUCUGGCUACGUCUACAUUGCCAAUUGCUGUGCGUUAUCCAGCUACACCGCAAUGAUGCAAUGCCUUCUCGAGCUGGAAAAUGAUCCGUCCGAAAUCACCAUGACCGUCGGGUCUACUUCCACCACUGGUCCCAACACAAGCACGAUCACAGCACCCUCCAGCGCCGCGACCUCGGGCGUCAGCGGGUUGGAAGCGUGUUCUGACUUUGAAGCAAUUGUGCUUGCCUGCGAGAACGAGACCCCGGGCUUCUCAACAGAGGCGUUCGGUCAACAGGCAAGCUGCCUGUGCUACAGUAAUGGCACGUAUCAGCCGGACCUUUACGAUGGCAUGUUCUCGGGCUGUCUCGCCUACCUUUCCACCGCGGAUCCCUCCGAGUAUUCGAGCAUCGUUACGGGAUCCGUCGAUUUGGCACCGUGCAAAAAAGUGGCAACCACAACCCAGCCGCAGUCCUCCUCCAGCACCCAUUACAUUGGGCACUUGACCACCAGCGCGUCGACAGCUGCUCCAACCUCGGGCACACCAAGUCCAACCACAUCCACAGGCCCCACACAGACACCAGCGGCGGACAGCAAUGGAAGUUCUGGCCUGGAAUCGAACUCAGCUGAGUCCGUCAAACAGAAUCGUCAGGCUUCACUAGGCUGGUUCCUGUGGCUCUGGGGAACUUGCGUGGUGGCCACACUCUGGUAA